AAAAGGAGAAGUAUCUAUUUGAGCAGAGAGUCCGAGGUUGACAGAGUGGAGCCGAUCCCUGGAGGCUGGGAGGUUCCCACCAAGACCAAGACUACAUCCAGGACCAGAGGACAGAGCUGGGGACAGGUGUGGGCGCACACCUACCAUGCCACGCUCCUUCCUGGUAAAGAGCAAGAAAGCUCACACCUACCACCAGCCCCGCAUCCAGGAAGAUGACCCGGUCUGGCCUCCUGCCCUUAGCCCCGCAGCCAGGGACCAAGUCCUGAGCAAUGAUCCUGUCUUCAGCAGCCUGUUCCCAAACCACUGCUUGACCUGGACUGACCUCAAGCGCGAGCCAGAGCUGGAGCUGGACCAGAGCAUGAGCAGGACGCCCUUGGUGCCAGAGGCCCCUGCUGUAAUGCCCCGAUCCCAGGACAGGGACUCCGACUCACCCCCGUUCUACAAGCCCAGCUUCUCCUGGGAUGCCCUGGCCUCGUCCUACGGCCACAGCUACCGGCAGGCCACCUCCACCAUGCAGUCUGCCUUCCUCGAGCGCUCCGUCAGCCUGUACGGCAGCCCUCUGGUGCCCAGCACCGAGCCACCCCUGGACUUCAGCCUCCGCUGCUCCCCGGGCAUGGAUACGUACCACUGUAUCAAGUGCAACAAGGUGUUCUCCACUCCACACGGGCUUGAAGUGCACGUCCGCCGCUCCCACAGCGGGACCCGGCCCUUCGCCUGUGACGUCUGUGGCAAAACCUUUGGCCACGCCGUGAGCCUGGAACAGCACACGCACGUCCACUCCCAGGGGAUCCCGGCAGGGCCCGGACCUGCGCCCGGCGUGGCAGUCCCGGGUCUCGAGGCCCCGCCCGCGCCUGACCCCCCAGGGCCUCGUUUCCUCCGGCAGGAGCGCAGCUUCGAGUGCCGGAUGUGCGGCAAAGCCUUCAAACGCUCGUCCACCCUGUCCACGCACCUGCUCAUCCAUUCGGACACGAGGCCCUACCCCUGCCAGUUCUGCGGCAAGCGCUUCCACCAGAAGUCGGACAUGAAGAAACACACCUAUAUCCAUACGGGUGAGAAGCCCCACAAGUGCCAGGUGUGUGGGAAGGCCUUCAGCCAGAGCUCCAACCUCAUCACCCACAGCCGGAAGCACACCGGCUUCAAGCCCUUCAGCUGCGAGCUGUGCACCAAGGGUUUCCAGCGCAAGGUGGACCUACGGCGGCACCGGGAAAGCCAGCACAAUCUCAAGUGAGGCUGCACCUGCCCCAGGCUCUGGCCAGGCUGCCCUGAGGUCCCGUCACCCAAGGGGAAGCCACCCUCCUGUGCCGAGAUCCCCCAUCUCCUGGCCAGCCUGCCCUGGGGUCCCCUGACCCAGAGGGAGGCCAGGCUCCUGUGCCUAGAUCCCGGGUCUCCCGGAGUCAGUGCUGGGCAGGAAUCGUUCAGCUUGGUUUGAGACUCACAGAAUUGCUGUGUGACCUCCAGCAAGCUGCUUUCCCUCUCUGGACCAAUAUUUUCCUGCUGCAAAAUAUGGGAACUGGGCUGGGUCUUUUUUGAGUUGAGGUUGUUUAGAAGUCUAAGAGCUUGGGCUACUUCCCUCGGGCAGGGCCCAGAAAGCCAGCAUAGCCCCCUGCGAACAAGGAUGUUGAGAAUAGUCCAGAAUAGGAAUCCAAACAGAAAUUCUCCCCCUCUGCCUGCUGCCCACUGUGCUGGAAUCUGGUUUUUAGUGGGUCUCUUUCAGGCUGCCAUGGACAACCAGAGUGGUUUCCUGCCCCAGUGGGAGGC